AUGCUCUCCUGGGACUCCAACAACGAGUCAUACGUCCUCGUCUGUGCCCUACUAAUGUUCCAACACUCCCUAUUCCUGCUAGUGAUCAUCGUGACAGGGGAACUUUAUCAACCCUACGUCUUUUCUGAGGCUGAGAGAGGAAAUGCUCGAGGGAAAGUGGUUUUGGUAACGGGUGCUGCUGGAUUCAUCGGCUCACACGUUGCGAAGCAUUGCCGUGAUCUUGGAAUGGAAGUUGUGGCAAUUGACGACCUCAGUGGUGGCUUCACAUCGAAUGUGCCUGCUGGGGUUACUUUCUUGAGACGUGAUGUUAGAGAUGCAGAGAGUAUGGAAAGCCUAUUCGAGAGAUACAAGUUUGACUAUGUUUAUCAUUUAGCUGCUUAUGCUGCGGAGGGUCUGUCGCACUUCGUGAGGAGUUUCAACUACAGAACAAAUCUUGUUGGAAGUGUUGAGAUUCUGAAUGCCGCUAUUCGGCACAAGGUUGGUGUGCUUUGCCCGAUACUGUAA